CAGUUCACAUGAGCAGACUGUCUUAUCUAAUGGUUUUACUACAUUCUGUGUGUCUUUUCUCUAUUACUUGAGGAUAAAACAAGGCUUAGUUAAUUUCAUCUGGGCAUUAUGAGAAAACCUCUGUAUUGUCGUCAUUGUUAGGAGAAAGAGACAUCCCUUGUAUCGGGCAACCUUCAAGAGAAGCACAUACUAGAAGGGGGUCUCUGACCUAUUCCUCUCAGCCUGCUGCAUCAUCGGUCCCUGUGCCUCCUGGGGAGCACUUAUCAUUCAGAACAACCAUGGGCAGUACUCCUAAACGAUGGGUAAUGAAACCGCUGACACCAAAACUAGAGAAAUCUGACCUGCGUCCCAUGCUGAGCCCUGCCAGUGAACCAUACUCCCUAGACGAGGGCUGGAUCCCCAGCCAGGAUGGAGGUUCUCCUGUGUUCAAGUUCGAUGCUGUCUCAGUGUCUCGCAUCCAGCCUAUGAUAGUGUCAACCAUGAAUGGGGAGGACAUGGUGGUCCAUGCUAUGCAGGUGUUGGUGUCUGAGGAAGGAAACACCAGUGGAGACUGGCCACCCAGUUAUCCCAGCAGUCCUGGUUCGUCUAACAGUUCAGACACCCACAUGGGCUUCUACUCCUUUGUGGACGACCCAACAAGCCCAGAGGCAGAGAAGAAUGAAGCAUACAUGGUUUCACCUGAGAGACAGGCCAAGCUGUCCACCCUGAAGGAGAAGAAUAGCUUCAAGCUACAAACUUAUGCAGAAGACAAAAGACCCGAGAAGCUGUUCCAAGAUACUAAUGGAGAUUCCCUUUACCGGUUAGAUGACAGCAUGGCAGAAAGCAAUGGCAACAACAAGUCCGAUCGAAUAGAGAUCAUCCGUAGUCAGGCACCCAGGAAGAAUCAGGUCCUCAAAGAGCAAUGGAGUGCUCUGGAGAAUCUGGAUCUCAGCAACUCUCCCCGGCGUCUGCUUGAAGGAUUUAGCCUGUGCUACAACUCUGUAAGUAUGAAACUAUCUGAGUCUGAAGCAGAGCCUGGCAGUGUUGACAGCCAGCAGAUUGACUUCAAUUCAGCCCGCAAGCAGUUCCUAAUGCUGGAGCGUUCCAGACAAGACCCAUUCCAGCAGGGUCCUCAGCAAAUGCUGCUCUCUCCUAAACCAUGGGGAAGAUCUUCAGUCACAGAGGCUGGCAUUUUUGCAAAGGAAGUUAGCAUAAACAGUAAGCUAAAGGAUGAGUAUAACCAAAAUCUAGUCUCUUCAAAGAGACAAGAGGAAGAGCCAGUGACCUUUAAUAAGGAUUCCAGUGACCAGGUUCAAAGUAGUUCGACAGAUGACCUGGUCACAGAACUGAAUAGCCAAAGUGUGAGCAAUAGGAGAAAUGGAAGCUUUUCCAGUGAGCCUUCAAAGUUAGAAAUUAGGAGAAGUUCAUCAGGGACUUGCAUGAGCGAAACCCCCAUUGAGAGGGAGAUUCGAAUAGCUCAGGAACGAGAAGAGGACUUGCGCCGUUCACGGGGAAUAUUACGCAGUGACUCAUCAGAGAUGAUUGAGAUCAAGACCAAGCCUAUCCUCGCUCAGCCAUUGCCACAGAUAAAGCCAAUCAAAGCCAAAGAAACCAGUAGGGUAAGUUUCCUCAUUCAGCGUGAGUUAGAAAGAGUGAACCUGAGUGAGAAUAGGAAAACAUUUGUCUCUGAGUCAGACCAGGAGCCCACUUUAUCCUUGAGGACAAACCCCACAGGCACACCUGUUUCUGUGGAUGACACAUGGACUACAGAGCGUUCUGUGCGUGUAGAUCAGAUGAAUCUUCUCGACUCUGAAGAGACCUUCUCUCCUUGCUGCCCCCAUCGACACAAAGAUGAGACAAAGAGGGGCACCUCUCACACCAGUGCUGUAGGAACUCUAGAUAGAACUGUCAGAACAAGUUACACUACAGACAUCAACAAUUCAAGUCCACCAUUUUGGAAAGCGAAGAGCAAAGCAAAAGUACCAGGGAGAACCUUUUCCCCUGUGCAUUCUCCAUCCUUUCCUCCAGAAUCUGUGAGAAGAAGCCAAGCUGAAUCAGCCCGGUCUCAUUUGGAGAGCACAAAUGAGUGGCCGUGUUUACUAAACGCCUCUGACAUUAUCCGCAGGGAGAUUGAGGAGGACCUCAGACGAGAGCAGGAGCUUCAAGAGUUACGGGAAUCCAGCAGUCUGGCUCUUUCGGUAGACAGGGACGUGGACACCUCUGAGCCCUCCGUGCUGUCUCUCGUUACUUUAGAACAUGAGCAUGGGCAAAGCAGUAAUAACAGGAGUCUGGACACAGCAGUAAUCACUUCACUGAACAGCUCUCAGGAGAACCUGACGGAGAUGGAUGCACCUCUUCCAGACAGACACGGGACCAGUAAUAGUCCUGUUUUUCCCAUGAACGUGGAUUCCACCCCGGUCUCCCACACGUCAUUGGCAGGGUCGAGAUUUCCCACCAUUAUGACAGCCCAGCCUUGGUCUAGCCCAAGAAGCACUGCAGCUGUCAUUAGGGGACUUUCGCUUCUCCCUGUUGGUCAACGGCCUGAGGGCUCCUCCACCCUCACCCCCAAGGGCCUGACUGAAACCCUGCUAGAGGACUUUGAAGAAAGGCGGACCAGGCUGAAGCUCGAAGAGAGCUCUUAUGCUGGUAUUCAGCCUAUUGACUCUAUCAAUAAUGCGGUCGUGGACGCUACGCGUGUGACGAGGCACAAAAGCCCAAAAGCCGUACGCUGGGAGUCGCGCGUGUACACUAAUGAAGACAGCUGAGUCUACACGUGGAGUGAGUGUGGAAUCGGACGACGCUCAUGCCUGCACCGAUCUCUAGACUCGAUGAACUGGACAGGCUGGAUUUAAAUGCUACAGUGCGCUUACACAGACACACACCCUAUAGUGACACUUAACCAGAAGCACCAUGAAUUAUGAAGGACAUCAUAAUAUACCACGAAGGGGAUCUCUCUAAACAUGGCGAUAAACGAACAGUGGCCAAUGAAUGUUAGUGCAGGUAAUACCUUUUCCUGCCUAUAGUAGCAAAGUAUAGCGCAGUGUGCAUGUUUAAGCUUCUACAAGCUUUUGUGCUCUCUCAGAGACAAAGCUACUCUUCAUCUGAUGGACCUCUGCCAAGCGCUACUUGACGUUGAGACAACAGGAAUAAAGUACUCUGGUUUGAAGAGACUGUGUUAAUAAAGCUUGAUAAAUUCUUCCUCAUCAUCAUCAUCAAAAAGAGGCUUUAAAAACCUGUGCAGAUAAAAAAUUGUAAUCCUAAAAGAAUAGACUGAUAAUAAUCUGUCCAGCAGAUGCCCUCUUAAAAAAACUUCUUCCAAGACAGAGCAGAGUUUCUGUCUGGACAUCUUAAGCUUAAUAUUAUUUCAAAAUAAAAGAUUUUGUCUUUAUGAGAUCAAAGUUAGGAGAAAAUCAGUUUUGGUCUCAUCAAUUUGCUUUCCUAUUCAAAUGCUAAUCUGAUCCUGCACUUAAAAAGAAGCUCUGAGCACAAUGUCCCAGCGAUCGACAAAAUGACUUGAAACUAUUAAAUUGAAAAAAGGGCAUAAAGUUCAAAGCAAAAAGACUUGUAACAGACCGCAGGAAUCUUCAGCGUGGUAAGGGGCGUGGGUAUUAAGCUCAGUUCUCGGAGAGCUGCAUGGAUAUUCAUUCCAGUAACGGUGGUUCCAAGAGUACAUGAGCAUCUUAUGCAAAGUGACAUAAAAUCAUGAAAUCAGUUGCCGCUGCGCAAGGGAAGAACAAGCACCUAUCGCCCUGUGCAUCAUGUCCAGGUGCAGUACUGUGAAGCGCACUUAUUUGACUGAGCAGCAGAGGGCGCAUCUGCGAUAUUGUUGAAGGCAGAAGGACUCCAAUCUCCAUAAUGGCAGAAAUAGAACAGGUUACAUAGCCUAGAACAGUGUAACGAGCGGUUUAAAAAGUAUUUUUUAAAAAAAAACCAGUGUAAACAAAGAAAUAAAAUAAAAUGCAGAAUCUCUAUGAAAGUACCUCUUAGUACCAAAAUGUGAUGUUUGUACUUUUGAUUAAAGACUGAUAA